ACAACCCCCGUUCUAAACCGUAACUCCAUUUUGGUGCAUUUCUGUGUGUGGGCAUGUUGGGCUAGCUCCUUUUUAAGCAGUGCGAUGCCUGCAGCCAGGAGAAACUAGACUGGAGAAGUCGGAGGCAUUGUUUCAUCUGGGGGGAACCAAUUCGCCUGCCCUUCUCUGUCUCUUGCCAACAUACAGCUACUUUUGCAGCUAUUUAGUCUGGAAGGACAAUGUGGUAAGCCCUGCUAGGUGUUGAAGAAGAGAGCCCAGCCAAAGGAAAGAUGGCAUCAUUGUGCCCUGGGGACCAGAACUGUUAUGUGGCCACCCUUCGAAUAUUAUGUGCUGCUGCUCUCGUUGUUGCUGUUCAGAGUGCCUGUGGCCCACUACCACGUCUGAAUUAUGCUGUGCCAAAAGAGGACUACAGUAAUAGGACUUCUUUUCCUGUUGGGUUCACAGUAGAUUUCAACUGUCGCCCAGGUUAUACCAAACGUUCAACAUCUUCUCUUCGUUGCCAACGCAAUUCUGAGUGGGUAGUCCCUUUUUAUCCUUUCUGUACUGGAAGACCAUGCCCUCAUCCUGCAGCACCAGACAAUGGCCAAGUGGCCGUUCUUACGGAUCUCCAGUUCGGUUCAACAAUAAAUUUCACCUGUGAAGACGGGUACAGAUUAAUUGGAAGUUCACAGUCCAGGUGUGUGAUUGUACAAGGCGGUGUUAAUUGGGAUCGAGAUGUGCCAGUUUGUCAAUUGAUACCGUGUUUGCCUCCUCCGACAAUAAACCAUGGGACACACAACGCAGUGAGUUUGGAGGAGUUCAGCUAUGGGACAUCAGUCACUUACAAGUGUGACAACGUCAGGCCAGGAGAGAUUCCUUUCUCGCUUGUUGGAGAAGCCUCCAUUUACUGUACAUCCCAGGAUAAUCAUAAUGGAGUCUGGAGUGGGCCUCCCCCUGAAUGCAAAGCAAUUCACUGUAAAACUCCGAACCUUGACAAUGGAAGAGUAAUGAACAGAUACACCACUCUCCAUACCUUCAAAAACAUCCUGUUGAUUGAGUGUAAUAAACGUUAUACUCUCUAUGGCAGCAGCACCAUUCAGUGCAAUGAGAAUAGUACCUGGAGCCCUUCAGUACCAGUUUGCCAACGAAGCAGUUGCGAUGACCCCCCCAUGACUGAUAGGAUUACGCAACGUUCCUUUUCUUUCUCGAGCGAAGAGCCGAGCGCCGAGUUUCCAGUGGGCUCUGUGUUUACCUACACCUGUUGGCCAGGCUAUGAGUUCAGGCCUGGAGAGAACAAGUUCACUAUUACCUGUCAAAGUAACUUUCAGUGGUCUGAAGAUCCGAGUCCGUGUCAGAGAGUUUCGUGUCCAACCCCUCACAUUGACCAUGGAACGGUGGUGCUCAGUUCUUGGCUACGGGGACUCUAUGCAACAAGAGACGUGGGGAGGAAAUUCCUGUAUGACGAUACCAUUAGGAUCCAGUGCAAUCCUGGAUAUGGCUUCCACGGUGACAAUGUGAUUCUCUGCGACCAAAGUGGCAACUGGAGUCCUGCAAUACCCCAGUGUGUCCGAGUGCCUGCGUGCCCAUCCCCACAUAUUGAACACGGGACACUGGUAUCUAGCCCUGAAAUGGUGCAUACGCCUGGAAGCACUGUUGAGGUUCGGUGUAAUGCUGGUUAUGUCCUCAUUGGCCCCAAGUCGAUUGAAUGCCAGCCUGAUGAGACUUGGAAAUCUCCAGUACCCUUUUGUGAUAAAGCCUGCGGGCCCCCUCCAGAUAUUAAGCGAGGGCAGCAUUCUGGCGGCACCAAGGAACAUUUCUUCUAUGGCUCGGAGGUUAAGUACAGCUGUGCCGAGGGCUUGUCGCUGAUUGGAGAGUCUUCCAUCUACUGUACCUCGGGCGAGGACUUAAAUAUGACCUGGAGCGGGCCUGCCCCGCGCUGUGCAAUGGUUCGCUGCCCCAGACCAGUCAUUGAAAAUGGACGAAUGACUACCAGCAGGCAUGUUUUCCUAUAUGGCACCACCGUGCAGUUUUCCUGCAGCGAAGGCUACAUGAUGGAUGGGAGCAGAGAGAGCCAGUGCCAGGAGGGCAGCAUAUGGGAUCCACCUCUGCCGUCUUGUCGUCUGGUUCAGUGUCCAAAGCCAGACCUGCGACAUGGAGCAGUGACGGGCAAGCAGGUUGAAAAACCGUGGUACAGCAUGAAUGAAACCAUUACUUUCAGCUGCCCUGAGCACCACCGAUUCUUAGGGUGCUGGCAUCUGUUUACGACUGACACGUGGACGAUCACUUGUUCUGCUGACGGCAGGUGGACAGAGAUCCCCAAAUGUGUGAAAGAGGAAGAGGUGGAUAAGAUGGCAUAUGACGUUAAGGAGUUUCGGCAGUGUGAUAGUUCUCUGUUACAAGUGAGGAUCCUGCAGGAAAUGCAAAACCUGAAGCUGGAAGUCAAGAGCCUGAAGGAGGAAAUCAGACGUGUGACGUCACUGCCAGGAGUUUCGUGUCCAACCCCUCACAUUGACCAUGGAACGGUGGUGCUCAGUUCUCGGCAACAGGAACUCUAUGCAACAAGAGAUGAGGGGAGGAAAUAUCUGUAUGAUGAUAUCAUUAGGAUCCAGUGCAAUCCUGGAUAUGGCUUCCACGGUGACAAUGUGAUUCUCUGCGACCAAAGUGGCAACUGGAGUCCUGCAAUACCCCAGUGUGUCCGAGGCGGUUGCGACAACCCCCCUGUGACUAAUAAGACUAUGCAACGUUCCUUUUCUUUCUCGAGCGAAGAGCCGAGCACCGAGUUUCCAGUUGGCUCUGUGUUUACCUACACCUGUCGGCCAGGCUAUGAGUUCCGGCCUGGAGAGAACAAGCUCACUGUUACCUGUCAGAGUAACUUUCAGUGGUCUAAAGAUCCGAGUCCGUGUCGGAGAGUUUCGUGUCCAAGUCCUCACAUCGACCAUGGAACAGUGGUGCUCGGUCAGCAUCUAUGGGAACUCUAUGUAACAAGAGAUGAGGGGAGGAAAUUCCUGUAUGACGAUACCAUUACGAUCCAGUGCAAUCCUGGAUAUGGCCUCCGCGGUGACGAUUCGAUUCGCUGCAACCAAAGUGGCAGCUGGAGUUCUGCAAUACCCCAGUGUGUCCGAGGAGUUUCGUGUCCAACCCCUCACAUUGACCACGGAACGGUGAUGCUCGGUCAGCAGCUAUGGGAACUCUAUGUAACAAGGGAUGAGGGGAGGAAAUUCCUGUAUGACGAUACCAUUAGAAUCCAGUGCAAUCCUGGAUAUGGCCUCCGCGGUGAUGAUUCGAUUCGCUGCAACCAAAGUGGCAGCUGGAGUCCAGCAAUACCCCAGUGUGUCCGAGGCAGUUGCGAUGACCCCCCCAUGACUGAUAGGAUUAUGCAACGUUCCUUUUCUUUCUCGAGCGAAGAGCCGAGCACCGAGUUUCCAGUUGGCUCUGUGUUUACCUACACCUGUCGGCCAGGCUAUGAGUUCAGGCCUGGAGAGAACAAGUUCACUAUUACCUGUCAAAGUAACUUUCAGUGGUCUGAAGAUCCGAGUCCGUGUCAGAGAGUUUCGUGUCCAACCCCUCACAUUGACCAUGGAACGGUGGUGCUCGGUCAGCAGCUAUGGGAACUCUAUGUAACAAGAGAUGAGGGGAGGAAAUUCCUGUAUGACGAUACCAUUACGAUCCAGUGCAAUCCUGGAUAUGGCCUCCGCGGUGACGAUUCGAUUCGCUGCAACCAAAGUGGCAGCUGGAGUCCUGCAAUACCCCAGUGUGUCCGAGGCAGUUGCGAUGACCCCCCCAUGACUGAUAGGAUUACGCAACGUUCCUUUUCUUUCUCGAGCGAAGAGCCGAGCACCGAGUUUCCAGUUGGCUCUGUGUUUACCUACACCUGUUGGCCAGGCUAUGAGUUCAGCCCUGGAGAGAACAAGUUCACUGUUACCUGUCAAAGUAACUUUCAGUGGUCUGAGUUUCCGAGUCCGUGUCGGAGAGUUUCGCGUCCAAGUCCUCACAUCGACCACGGAACGGUGGUGCUCGGUCCUCGGCUACGGGGACUCUAUAUAACAAGAGAUGAGGGGAGGAGAUACUUGUAUGAGGAUAUCAUUAGGAUCCAGUGCAAUCCUGGAUAUGGCUUCCACGGUGACGAUUUGAUUUUCUGCGACAAAAGUGGCAGCUGGAGUCCUGCAAUACCCCAGUGUGUCCGAGUGCCUGCGUGCCCAUCCCCGCAUAUUGAACACGGGACACUGGUAUCUAGCCCUGAAAUGGUGCAUACGCCUGGAAGCACUGUUGAGGUUCGGUGUAAUGCUGGUUAUGUCCUCAUUGGCCCCAACUCGAUUGAAUGCCAGCCUGAUGAGACUUGGAAAUCUCCAGUACCCUUUUGUGAUAAAGCCUGCGGGCCCCCUCCAGAUAUUAAGCGAGGGCAGCAUUCUGGCGGCACCAAGGAACAUUUCUUCUAUGGCUCGGAGGUUAAGUACAGCUGUGCCGAGGGCUUGUCACUGAUUGGAGAGUCUUCCAUCUACUGUACCUCGGGCGAGGACUUAAAUAUGACCUGGAGCGGGCCUGCCCCGCGCUGUGCAAUGGUUCGCUGCCCCAGACCAGUCAUUGAAAAUGGACGAAUGACUACCAGCAGGCAUGUUUUCCUAUAUGGCACCACUGUGCAGUUUUCCUGCAGCAAAGGCUACAUGAUGGAUGGGAGCAGAGAGAGCCAGUGCCAGGAGGGCAGCAUAUGGAAUCCACCUCUGCCGUCUUGUCGUCUGGUUCAGUGUCCAAAGCCAGACCUGCGACAUGGAGCAGUGACGGGCAAGCAGGUUGAAAAACCGUGGUACAGCAUGAAUGAAACCAUUACUUUCAGCUGCCCUGAGCACCACCGAUUCUUAGGGUGCUGGCAUCUGUUUACGACUGACACGUGGACGAUCACUUGUUCUGCUGACGGCAGGUGGACAGAGAUCCCCAAAUGUGUGAAAGAGGAAGAGGUGGAUAAGAUGGCGUAUGACGUUAAGAAGUUUCGGCAGUGUGAUAGUUCUCUGUUACAAGUGAGGAUCCUGCAGGAAAUGCAAAACCUGAAGCUGGAAGUCAAGAGCCUGAAGGACAAAAUCAAACUUUUACAAUGAGCAGCACAGACGUGUGACCCGCAUCAAACCAAUCACAGCUUCUUUCGAUUCAGUUCAUGAGAUCGGGGUGUGCAAAGCAGAACUCUUUCCUGAUUUCACAGCUUGUGCUAAUACUCCGGGUAGGCCUGAGUGCAGUGCCUGCUGCAUCCAGGAUUAGGUUUUCUCAUGCCAGUUGUUUAGGAUUUUCUUGCUCCUUCCCUCCUCUCACACGUCUGAGCCUCCCAACCACACGAUAGGUAUUUUAGAUCACGCUCUAUCUUUUAGGGGGAGGGGCAGGUGGUUAAUCGAGAUUUGACUGAAUUGCAUGGAAGUAAACGUUUAAGUGAGACACGGUUCUGAUCCUUUGCAAGUGGAAACUCACACUAGCAACCUUCCCUCUUGCAGACAUCACACAACCAACCGCUGCUCGUAUUUAAUCGCAGUGAAUUAGAACCGAUAUAAUCGGUGCAUUUUAAGAGUGGCAUAGAUGUCGCUGUGUUUUACUUUGAAAACACGAGGGGUUGCAAAACCCAGUCUCUCUCCUAGAGUCUGGCUUUCAAAAUAUCUGCAGGUUUCCUGCCUGCUUUUUAUAGAGCUACAUUUGAUUGGCACCUGAUUAGAUGUCUGUCAACACCAUGCACACAAUAAGAGUACGUGGUGAAACUUUGCCUGCACAGGAAGGAUGAGAUGAGCUAUUGUCUCACUGCCCAAGAAAUGAGAGGGCUUUUUUCUUGCCUGCACCUUUGUGAUUAAGUUGCUUUUUGGUCACUCUUGCAUUCCAAUAAAAUGCCAUUGCAUUAA